GAGGGCGCGCGGGGGGCUUGAGGGGCCGCUCGGCGCCGACUCCCCGCCAGUCGCCGCGCCAUGGGCAGCGCGGAGGACGCAGUCAAAGAGAAACUGCUGUGGAACGUGAAAAAGGAGGUGAAGCAGAUCAUGGAGGAGGCUGUUACCAGGAAGUUCGUGCAUGAAGAUAGCAGCCACAUCAUCGCUCUGUGUGGUGCAGUGGAGGCUUGCCUCCUGCAUCAGCUGAGACGCCGUGCUGCUGGCUUCCUGCGCAGUGACAAGAUGGCGGCCCUGUUCACCAAGGUGGGGAAGACGUGCCCAGUGGUUGGGGAGAUUUGCCACAAGGUACUGGAGCUGCAACAACAAGUGGAGGGCAGGAAACCCUCAGGAAACAGCCAAGAGGCCCUGCGGAGACAGGGCUCGGCCAGCGGGAAGGCCCCAGCCCUCAGCUCACAGGCCUUGAAACACAUAUGGGUACGCACCGCGCUCAUCGAGAAAGUUCUGGACAGGGUUGUACAGUAUCUGGCGGAAAACUGCAGCAAGUACUACGAGAAGGAGGCAUUACUGGCAGACCCUGUAUUUGGCCCGAUCCUGGCCUCUCUUCUAGUGGGACCCUGUGCUUUGGAAUACACAAAGCUCAAGACAGCCGAUCACUACUGGACCGACCCCUCUGCUGAUGAGCUGGUCCAGAGGCACCGUAUCCGGGGUCCCCCCAGUCGCCAGGACUCUCCUGCAAAGCGCCCAGCUCUCGGGAUCCGGAAGCGGCACUCAAGCGGCAGCGCGUCGGAAGACAGGCUGGCUGCCUGUGCACGGGAGUAUGUGGAGUCUCUGCACCAGAACUCAAGAACACGGCUGCUCUACGGCAAGAACAAUGUGCUGGUGCAGCCGAAGGAGGACAUGGAGGCUGUCCCUGGCUAUCUCUCCCUGCACCAGUCAGCUGAGAGCCUAACUCUGAAGUGGACCCCCAACCAGCUCAUGAACGGGACUCUGGGGGACUCCGAGCUGGAAAAGAGUGUUUACUGGGACUAUGCCCUGGUGGUGCCCUUCAGUCAGAUCGUCUGCAUCCACUGUCACCAGCAAAAGAAUGGUGGCACUCUUGUGCUGGUGAGCCAGGACGGCAUCCAGAGGCCGCCGCUGCACUUCCCACAGGGAGGACACCUGCUGUCCUUUCUGUCCUGCCUGGAGAAUGGGCUGCUGCCUCGAGGACAGCUGGAGCCCCCGCUGUGGACCCAGCAGGGCAAGGGGAAGGUGUUCCCCAAGCUACGGAAACGCAGCAGCAUGCGGUCUAUAGAGGCGGAGGAGCUGGGCGUGGGGCGGGCCACAGACUACGUGUUCCGGAUCAUCUACCCUGGGCACAGGCAUGAGCACAUCACUAUUAACUACCACCACCUAGCGGCCAGCCGCGCGGCCUCGGUGGACGAUGAUGAGGAAGAGGAGGAUAAACUCCACGCGAUGCUCUCAAUGAUCUGCUCGCGGAACCUCACAGCUCCCAAUCCGAUGAAAGAUGCUGGUGACAUGAUCGAGAUGCAGGGCUUUGGGCCCAGCCUGCCACCCUGGCACCUGGAGCCCCUGUGCAGCCACAGCUCCUGCCUUUCCUGCUCCUGCAGCAGCUCCCCAUGCACAGCCCCCUGCCACUGUCGUUGUGUCCCUGACCGGUUGCCCCUCCGGCUACUGUGUGAGAGCAUGAAGAGGCAGAUUGUGUCCCGGGCCUUCUACGGCUGGCUGGCCUACUGCCGCCACCUGUCCACAGUACGGACCCACCUGUCAGCGCUGGUACAUCACAACAUCAUCCCACCUGACCGGCCCCCCGGGGCCUCAGGAGGCCUCACCAAGGACGUGUGGAGCAAGUAUCAGAAGGACAAAAAGAAUUACAAGGAGCUGGAGCUGCUGCGGCAAGUUUACUACGGAGGCGUGGAGCAUGAGAUCCGCAAAGACGUCUGGCCCUUCCUGCUUGGCCACUACAAGUUUGGCAUGAGCAAGAAGGAGAUGGAGCAGGUGGACGCAGUGGUGGCAGCAAGGUACCAGCAGGUGCUGGCGGAGUGGAAGGCCUGUGAGGCGGCGGUGAGGCAGCGGGAGAGGGAGGCUCACCCCACCACGCUCGCCAAGUUCUCCUCGGGCAGCAGCGUCGACAGCCACGUGCAACGCCUCCUCCACCGGGAUUCCACCAUCAGCAACGAUGUGUUUAUCUCUGUGGAUGACCUGGAGCCCCCAGGGUCCCAGGGCCCGGAAGAUUCUCCACCAAAGCUGGAGCAAGAGCCAGGAGCAGGGAGCCCGGGCACUGCCGCGGUGGAGCAGCAGCAGUCCGUAGAGUUCGACUCUCCAGACUCAGGGCUGCCGUCCUCCCGCAACUACUCUGUGGCCUCGGGCAUCCAGUCGAGCCUGGACGAGGGGCAGAGUGUGGGCUUCGAAGAGGAUGGUGGUGUGGAGGAAGGCUCCGAUGGGCCUGUCCCUGCAGCUCACACUGCCAGGCCCCAAGAGCCCAGCCAGGAGAAGGAUCCACAGGCCAGCGAGCUGGAGGCAGGAGAGGACCUGGUGGCUGUGUGCGCUGCUGCCUACACUAUAGAAUUACUGGACACCGUAGCCUUAAAUCUGCACCGCAUAGACAAGGAUGUGCAGAGAUGUGACCGCAACUACUGGUACUUCACACCCCCAAACCUCGAGAGGCUCAGAGACAUCAUGUGCAGCUACGUGUGGGAGCACCUGGACGUGGGCUAUGUGCAGGGCAUGUGUGAUCUGCUGGCACCUCUCCUGGUCAUCCUUGACAAUGAUCAGCUGGCCUACAGCUGCUUCAGCCACCUCAUGAAGAGGAUGAGCCAGAACUUCCCUAACGGAGGCGCCAUGGACACCCACUUUGCCAACAUGCGCUCCCUUAUCCAGAUCCUGGACUCAGAGCUCUUCGAGCUGAUGCAUCAGAAUGGAGACUACACCCACUUCUACUUCUGUUAUCGCUGGUUUCUGCUGGAUUUCAAGAGAGAGCUGCUAUACGAGGACGUGUUCGCUGUGUGGGAGGUGAUUUGGGCGGCCAGACACAUCUCCUCAGAGCACUUUGUCCUGUUCAUCGCCCUGGCCCUGGUGGAGGCCUACCGAGAGAUCAUCCGCGACAACAACAUGGACUUCACUGACAUCAUCAAGUUCUUCAACGAAUGGGCUGAGCGUCACGACGCCCAGGAGAUACUGCGGAUCGCCCGAGACCUCGUCCACAAGGUGCAGAUGCUCAUAGAGAACAAGUGAGGGCUGUGGCCAGGAGACAGAAACUGUGGAGAACCUGGGUACCGGGUCCCUGGGGUGCGGCAGGGGAGAUGCCGGGGCAGCACAACACAGACUGCCCCAGUCCCAGCCCACCCUGCCUGCCCUGCUGUGUUGCUAACAAAGUGAUUGUGAGCCUGGGAUCUGACUCCAGGCAGUGCUGGCCUUGCUGAGUGGGUCAGGAUCACAGCUGGGAGGGGAGGGGUCAGCCUCAGGAAGCAGCUGCCUUGGGGGAUCACCUACUCUGCUCCCCUCUCAAACAACUGGGAACAGCCCCACUGCCACCUGCAGCCUCUGCCUGGACUGUUCCCCACUCUCUCGUGGGUCAACCUGGGACCCUGUAGGGUUGGGAGGGGCUGUCAGUGACUUGGGCCCCACCUAGCAAGAAUUGCAUGGGUCCAGGGGCUCCCAGCUGCAUCUCUUCUGAGAGUGGCUUUCCAGCCCCUCCCUGGUGGGGCAGCCAGAGCAGCCAGCAGUUUGGGCACAUGUCCCUGGUGCAGGAGACCAGGGCUGCCUUUCAGGAGAUAUGGGCCAGGGUGGGAGCAGCCCACCUUAGUAGCACUGCCACUGCCUUUGGCCACCUGAGGUGACUCCCACACACCCACACACCCUGUGAGGUGCACCCACGUGUGUCUACAGCCUCACUCCCCCCAACCCCCCAGCCCUGCUUUAUGCAUUAGAUACAUCCCUGACGAUUGUGUAAAGCUCUUGCCAGCCAGGUGAUCUGCCAUGUGAUGGGAGCACAUGCUCUCCAGGGAACCCUAAGGUAAUUCUGAAGGGAGGGGGAGGGACAGGACCUGCGGCUUUGAGGCAGCCCCUUGCCAGUCUCAGGCAUCUACUGAGUCCCUGGGGCCAACCUUCCUUGUGCUUCUCGGAAGGUGGAUAGGCCUAGGGGCUCAGAACCCCUCCUGGAGGAGCCACACAGCCAGGAAGGGCGCAGCUCCUAACCCAAGGCCCAGGCAUGUUGCUUGCUCUGUCAUCCUCAUCCCCCCCACCCCCCAACUCAUGCUGGCUAGAUCUUGCCCUGGGAUCUGGAGGCCACGCCUGGGCCGUGGCUGCCAGCAAUCAUCAACAGCUGGCAGGCUUCCUGCACUUGAGAAACUCGAAAGGGCCCAGCAGCCCUUCUGCAUCCAGCAAGCACAGCCUUCCUGGCCCGCCCCUGCCCCGGGGCGCUGCACGGCCUGUUUGGGGGCCAGCCCACCCCCUUGCCCACCCCCCGUCAUCCAUGACUCCUUGGCCUCCACCAAGCACGGGUGGCCGUCGUAUGCCUGCCUUAGUGACUCAGUGGUUUUGUGAGGAGCAGAGUGUGUCUGUUUUCUGGCUCAGAAACUAUACUCCAGUGUAACCCACCAAUAAAUACAGCAUUU